AUGCAGGACGCAGGGGUGGCCUUUGUCAACGAGACCGACUGCUGCAAGGCGUCUUUUGGUAGCUCUGGCUGCGGCAAGUAUUGCUAUGUCAAGGAUGAUUCUGUACAGGCCCCCAACCGCCAGUGCAAGGUCAUCAAGAGCGCCGACGAGUGCGCCAAGCUGCGUUUCUCGGGCCGCAAGCCAUUUAGCGCGCUCGACCACUGCUGCAGCGCGCACUUUGGCAAGGCGGGCUGCGGCACGUUCCCGGACCGCUGCUAUGCAGCCGACACGUUCAAUCCAGGGCGCUGCGCGGAGAUGCGCGGUGUAGCAGACUGCGCGGCAGCAAUGGACCGGCGUGAGGCGUGGCGGGAGCGCGCCCAGUGCUGCGACUUCUACCGCUUCUCCCCCAAGAACUGCAAAAACCAGGCGACCUGCUGGGUGGUUGACCCCAAGUCGGCGCCGCACCGAAAGUGCAAGCAGGUCAACGCCGACGACUGCCCCCAGAAGUUUGCGGCUGGCAAGGGCUGGGAGAGCCGCGACGCAUGCUGCAAGGAGGGGUUCCACGGCAAGGGCUGCCGGGAAUUCCCUGGGACGUGCUACGAGAUGAUGCUGGACUCCAGAAACCCCUACGAGGCCUGCAAGCAGAUCAAGGGCGUGUCCCAGUGCGCCGCCAAGAUCGAAACCAAGCGCAAGGGCAUCAUGUUCUACAAGCAUUUGUCCUGCUGCGCCGCCGUGCUGCCAGAGGCCGGGCUGAAUGCGACGAUGGCAGCCAACGCGAAUGGCUGCCCCUUUUCGUGCUGGUCAAAGCCGGCGCGGGCUCAGGAGCCCCACCGCGAGUGCAUUGAGCGCAAGGCCGACCCAAAGGGCUGCGGCUUUGACGUCAAAUCGCGCAACCACACGUGGGGCACCAAGGACGCAUGCUGCUUGGGCGCCUACGGCAAGCGCGGCUGCCGACGCUACCCAGACACCUGCUGGGUCAAGAAGCCGCCUGACAACAGCAAAAGUGGAAAGACAAGCCCCGACCGCGCAUGCGUCAAGCUGACAACUCCACGGGAAUGCGCAGCCAAGGAGGACUCUGGGGUGAAGCUCCUGGCUUCCGAGGAGAAGUGCUGCGCCACAAACUUUGGUGCUGGCGGUUGCAAGGCGUAUCCAGCCAAGUGCUUUGCACGCCACAGCUCCAAAGGCCUUCCCGACCGCACGUGCGUCCCGGUCAACGGCAAAGCCGAGUGCGCCAAGGUGCUGGAUGGCAAGAGCGGCGCGGUGACAAAGGCGGAGUGCUGCAAGGGGUUCAAGGGAGGCUGCAAGACGUUCCCCUCGACCUGCUUCUCACCGGCCCCGCUGGACUCAACCUUUCCUGACAAGGGCUGCUCAUUCGUGUCCAAGGACCGCGCCAGGUGCAAGGACGAAAUUUCUCGCGGCGUGGCGUUCACCAGCAAAGUCGCAUGCGAAUGCAGCCACUUCAAGCGCAGCUGCCCGCCGCCCCACACAGCGCCCUGCUACCUGGCCGAGCGUGGCAGCUGCAAGGAGGUCAAGGACCGCGCGGUCUGUGCAGCCGCCCUGGAGCUCAAAACCGCCUGGAAGACGCGCGAGGAGUGCUGCGUGCUCAAUUACGAUUUCUGGAGCGAGGGCUGCAACGCCACCUGUUGGGUCAAUCCCCAAAAGGUGGUGCUGCCGCCUGCACUCAAAGGGCUCGCGCGGCCCAAGCCGUCGCGUCCGUGCGUCCAGGUUGGCACUGACCGCGGACUGUGCCACGCGCUGUGGUCCAACGGCACCGCAUGGCUUAAUCAGGCUGAGUGCUGCUCAUCAAACUUUCCUCGCACUGGCUGCCGGGUGUACCCAACCAGCUGCUGGGUGCAGCACACAAACAACGACUUUUAUGACUUUGACAAGACCUGCUCCCUCCAGGCCCUGGGCCUUUCAAAGUGCGCCGCCGGCAUCAACGACGGCACCGCCUUUGACAAGGAGGCCGACUGCUGCAAGGCGAUCUACGGCCCCCAGGGCUGCAAGGUGUUCCCCAAGACAUGCUGGGUGCCUGGGCAGACAUUCCCUGACCGCACGUGCUCCCAGCUCAACGACAAGUCCUUCUGUCCAGAGAACAUCAAGCUGGGUAAUGCCUUUGCCACCCAGGCCGACUGCUGCAAGCAGCACAAGUGCAAGACCUACCCGUUCCCCUGCCACGUCAAGGGCGUCGCCUGCGAAUUUGAGAACCAAAACGUCGGCCGCUGCAAGGACUCCGGCGCUCGCGGCCUCGCGUGGGCGACUCAGCAGGAGUGCCUAUGUGAAGGGUUUGGCCGUGGCUGCAAGGGCGUGGUCAGCCGGGCAUCUGGCGAGGACUUUGGCGAGAGCCAGGAGGGCGAGGAGGACGGGGAAGAGUGGGUGGCGGAACAGGGGCCUGUCAAGCACGCACCAUCUGGUCCGUCCAGCUGCUGGGUGAGGGAUCCCAUGCUCGACCCCUCCAGGCCCGAUCGACGAUGCGUCGUCAAGGCGCUGGGCAGAUCGGAGUGCGCUGCUGCUGUGGAGGCCAGUAAGGCAUGGACAAAGGAGCAGGACUGCUGUGAAGCCAUCUGGGGGGCCAAGGGCUGCCACGUGUACCCGCGAAGCUGCUGGGCCCCAGGGCCUGUCUUCCCAGACCGCGCCUGCACGCUGAAAAACGAGCCCAACCAGUGCCCCUGGAACAUCGUCGCCGGCAUCGCCUUUGAGCGCGAGGAGGACUGCUGCCGCUACCACAAGUGCCGCGUGCUGCCCUUCCCCUGCUGGGCGCGCGACAGCGACAAGCUAUUCAGGUCUGGCGGCAAGGAUUGCGUCUGGGAGGACAAAAAUGAGAUGCGCUGCAAGACGCAGGGCUCCGACGGCACCGCGGGCGCUACGAAAGCCGCCUGCAUGUGCGCAAGCUUCAAGAUUGGGUGUGGCGCGCCCAAGGGCAACAAGGGGCGGUAA